GAAUAAUGUUGCUUAAAUGCGACUUCCUCUUCCUCAGAGUUGUUAUGUAAAUAUCAAGUCUGGUUUUCUGUGCCAUUCUCUGUGAAGAAACCGGAGGUGUGUGUUUGUUCUGCUGCUGAUCAACUAAUUAGCUAAGACUAAACCAUUUCCGUUUUUACAGCAAAUUAUUGUUUCUUAAAUUAGCUCCCCAAAGUAAAGCAGCUGAUUUCAUCGUGUUUCCAUUCAAGAACAUGAAGGACGACAAUCAGAGUCUGAUGGCGGCUCUGUCUGAGAAAAUGCUGACAGUCAGUAUGUUACUGAGUGUCUUCUUCAUUCCAGGUGUUUUUGCAGGUGAUUCGGCUGGUUGUCCCAAUCCAGAUCUUAUUGCUGACAUACCUCGGAAGAUUGAAGCUCUGAGUGGAUCUUGUUUGCAAAUCCCAUGUAAAUUCAGUUCAACACAUUAUACAUUCAACAACAGGAGACCCAUCUAUGGAGUUUGGUUGAGAACUAUUUCAAAUCUGUAUCACAAUCCAGAGGCUGUUAUCUUCAACAGCAGUGGGUCAGUUAACACAUUUUCACUGAAAAUGACUGAAAACCUGAGUGAGGGAGACUGCACCACUCUGUUUCCUGACUUAAAGACGAGUUAUACUGACAAAUACUUCCUACGGAUUCAUAAAGGGACAUAUAUGGCAACAGCUGAAUGUCAUCCUCUUAGUAUAACAGUUAAGGAUUCUCCUUGGAGACCCAGCAUUAAUAUCUCUGGUGGUGACCUGAAGGAGCAUCAGUCUGUCACUGUAACCUGCUCAGCUUUCACUCCCUGUCCACACUCACCUCCUGAACUCACCUGGAAUCUCCAACAAGACUCUCUCAGACAAACAGAGAAAAACACAAAUGGAACCUUUACAACUAAAAUCCAGGAGAACAUCACUCUGUCAGACACACAUGAUGGAUACAACAUCAGAUGUUCUGCCAGAUAUCCUGUGAUUGGAGGAAUCAAGACAGCAGAGACAGGAGAGACUCUCAGUGUUUCAUAUGCUCCUAGAAACACCUCAGCAUCCAUCAGUCCAUCAGGUUUGGUGUCAGCAGGUAGCAGGGUGGAGCUGAGCUGCUCCAGCAGAGCCAAACCUCCACCCAGCUUCACCUGGUUCAGGAACAGCAAACAAGGAGCCAUGAAUGUGUCUGUGGAGCAGAUUUACAGCUUCAACGCCAAUGAGGAAGAAGAAUAUUACUGUGUGGCUACAAAUGAUCUGGGGAAUCAGACAUCAUCAAUAUUUCUUAGUUUUGAAGCAGGAAUAUAA